AUGGCGCCGGCGCUGAGCGGGACUCUGGGCGCGUCGUCGGUGGCGGCGCUGCGGCCCUGCGCGGGCAGGAGGGCGCCGUCCGCCGCGACCUCGGUUGCGCCGCGGGGGAGCGGGGCGGUCAGGUGCGCCAGAGGGCUCAGGUGGGAGACCCACAGAAGCAGGGGGAGGUCGCUCAGGGUGAGGUGCGAUGCGGCCGUCGCCGAGAAGCCCGCCGGGGAGGAGGCGGCUGGGGAGAAGUUCGAGUACCAGGCGGAGGUGAGCCGGUUAAUGGAUUUGAUCGUCCAUAGUCUAUACAGUCACAAGGAGGUAUUUCUCCGCGAGCUUGUUAGCAACGCAAGUGAUGCAUUGGAUAAGCUGAGGUUUCUCGGCGUGACUGAUUCCUCUUUGCUUGCUGAUGGCGGUGAGCUGGAAAUAAGGAUUAAGCCUGACCCUGAUGCUGGAACGAUUACUAUCACUGACACUGGUGUUGGUAUGACUAAAGAUGAGCUCAAGGACUGCCUUGGUACCAUUGCUCAGAGUGGUACCUCAAAAUUUCUGAAGGCCCUCAAGGAAAACAAAGACCUUGGGGCAGACAAUGGUCUAAUUGGUCAGUUUGGUGUUGGAUUUUACUCAGCUUUUCUUGUUGCAGAGAAGAUUGUGGUGUCCACCAAGAGUCCAAAAUCAGAUAAACAGUAUGUGUGGGAAGCUGUGGCUGACAGUAGCUCUUAUAUCAUCAAGGAAGAGACUGAUCGUGAGAAAAUGCUUACACGUGGAACUCAGAUUACUCUGUUUCUAAGGCCUGAUGAUAAGUACGAGUUUGCGGACCCUUCAAGGAUUCAAGGCUUAGUAAAAAACUACUCUCAGUUUGUGUCUUUCCCCAUAUACACAUGGCAGGAGAAAUCAAGAACUGUUGAGGUUGAAGAGGAUGAAGAGCCGAAAGAAGGUGAAGAGGCAACAGAGGGUGAGAAAAAGAAGAAGAAGAAGACUGUUACUGAGAAAUAUUGGGACUGGGAACUAGCCAAUGAAACAAAACCCAUAUGGAUGAGAAAUCCAAAGGAAAUUGAGAACACUGAAUACAAUGAGUUCUAUAAGAAGACAUUCAAUGAGUUUUUGGACCCUCUUGCCCACACUCACUUCACAACAGAGGGUGAGGUGGAAUUCAGGAGUGUUCUUUAUGUUCCAGGCAUGGCACCACUUAGUAAUGAGGAGAUAAUGAAUCCCAAGACCAAAAAUAUCCGGCUAUAUGUUAAAAGAGUCUUCAUCUCCGAUGACUUCGAUGGUGAACUGUUUCCAAGAUACUUGAGCUUUGUGAAAGGUGUGGUGGAUUCAAAUGACCUUCCCCUCAAUGUUUCUCGAGAGAUUCUUCAAGAAAGUCGAAUUGUAAGAAUUAUGCGCAAGCGACUUGUCAGGAAGACAUUUGAUAUGAUUGAAGAGAUUGCCGAAAAGGAAGAUAAGGAGGAUUAUAAGAAGUUUUGGGAGAGCUUUGGCAAGUUUAUUAAGCUUGGUUGCAUUGAGGACACAGGGAAUCACAAGCGCCUUGCCCCAUUGUUGCGCUUCCACUCUUCUAAAAAUGAGGGAGAUACAAUAAGUCUUGAUCAAUAUGUAGAGAGCAUGCCUGAAAGUCAAAAGGCAAUCUACUACAUCGCUACAGAUAGUCUCCAGAGUGCAAAGACUGCUCCUUUCUUGGAGAAGCUGGUCCAAAAAGAUAUUGAAGUUCUCUACCUUGUUGAGCCCAUAGAUGAGGUUGCCAUUCAGAACUUGCAGACCUACAAAGAGAAGAAAUUUGUGGAUAUCAGCAAAGAGGAUCUGGAAUUGGGUGAUGAAGAGGAAGAGACUAAAGAAACCAAGCAGGAGUUUACUCUCCUAUGCGAUUGGGUUAAACAACAGCUUGGUGACAAGGUUGCGAAGGUCCAAAUAUCAAAGCGUUUAAGUUCAUCUCCAUGUGUUCUUGUAUCUGGCAAGUUCGGUUGGUCCGCCAAUAUGGAAAGGCUCAUGAAGGCGCAAACACUUGGUGACACAUCAAGCUUGGAAUUCAUGAGGGGAAGAAGGAUUUUCGAAAUCAAUCCCGACCACCCAAUUAUCAAGGAUUUGAGUGCUGCUUGCAAAAAUGAGCCCGAUAGCACAGAAGCCAAGAGGGCUGUUGAGCUCCUAUAUGAGGCUGCUUUAAUCUCAAGUGGAUAUAUUCCGGAGAGUCCAGCAGAGUUGGGUGGCAAGAUCUAUGAGAUGAUGGCGAUUGCCCUGGGUGGGAGAUGGGGAAGGUCCGACACGGAGAAGGCCGAGGCAUCAACGGGUGAGGCCAGCGCAGAGGCAGACUCAUCUGAAGGCACCGUAACAGAGGUGAUUGAGCCCUCGGAAGUUAGACCCGAGAGCGACCCAUGGAGGGAUUAG